AUGAACAUGUUUGUAUACAUUGCAAAGAUUAUGGCUUUUGUGCAUAGUGAAGAUGGGGAUAUUAUUGAUUGCAUUGACCUUAAUAAGCAGCCAGCUUUUGAUCACCCUGCUUUGAAAGAUCACAAAAUCCAGAUGGCUCCCACUAAAAAUUCAGCAAAGAAGGAACCUAUUGAAUGGAGCAAAAGUAGAAGCAAAACAAAGGAUGCUGAAGAUUCAUUAUCAUUGAGGGUGUUAACUUCCCAAAUAUGGAAGAAAAGUGGAACAUGUCCAGAAGGAACAAUACCUAUUAGAAGAAUAAGAAAGAAUGACAUGCUUAAGGCUCCUUCAAUUGAAGAAUAUGGAAGGAAGAAACCUAGCUUCUCUCCCACUAGACAAGUUCAUGAGAAUCUUGACUCCUAUGUACCACUAAGAAAUCACUCUAAGGCAAUAUUGUUCGCAGUAGGGUUCAGGUACUUGGGAGCAAAAGCAGACAUAAAUGUAUGCUGGCCAUUUGUUGAGAAAGAUGAUGAAUUCAGCACUGCACAGAUUUCUCUCCUCACUGGCUCUUAUCAGCACUUUGAAUCUGUUCAAUCUGGAUGGGCGGUCAAUCCGGGUGUAUAUGGUGAUAGACAAACUCGUGUGUUCGUAUAUUGGACGGCUGAUGGUUCAAACAAAACGGGUUGCUUUGAUCUAACAUGUCCUGGUUUUGUUCAAACUAGUAAAGAAAUUGCAUUAGGUGCUGCAAUUUAUCCAAUCAUUCCAGUUCCCGGUGACCUUCCAUACGAUAUAAAUAUUUACAUCUAUAAGGACAUUAUAACCAACAAUUGGUGGGUGCAAUAUGGAGAGAAGACAAACAUAGGGUAUUGGCCAGCAGAGCUAUUUGAAACAUUAUGUUACAAUGCUGAUUCUGUGGAAUGGGGUGGUGAAGUUUAUAGCUCUAAGAUUUUACACUAUCCUCACACUAAAACAAACAUGGGCAAUGGUAAAUUUGGCUCACAACCCAACUCUGCCUACUUCAAAAGGAUGAGAAUUCAUGAUAACUCUGAGUCUUUGAAAUUUCCUGAAUAUGUUGAUCGCUACUCUGAUGAAUAUAAUUGCUAUGAUGUUAGGUUUCUUGGGGAUUAUGUUGAAGAUCCUGAGUUAUAUUAUGGUGGUCCUGGCUCAAGUGACUAUAAUUAUAUGUGCCUUUAA